GAUAAAUUGCAGUCAUUGAUAAAAAAGUGGCCAGUUUCAAGUUCAAUAGACGAGCAUAAUUAUGUUUGAGAAUGGUGUCACAUCACGAUAGCCAUGUAUAUAAUCGUAAACGCGCGGAAUUCUAUAAUUGGUGUACGAUACGUAAGUGACGAAUGCUAAUACUGCUGAUUAAUAUAUAUAAUGAAGUACAUUCUGAUUAAUCUUUUGCUGAGUGUAUGGGUGAUUAAUUCGAAUAUUAAUUUAAUAAGAGGACAAGUGGUUGAUAAUGUUGUAGAUAGAGUUGGUGGAGCAGUAGAUUCAUUAUUAGGAGGGGACGAUAAUGAUGUAUGUGGGAUGCCAUAUGAAGGUGCAUCAGCAGAAGGUCUAGAUCCAGUACUAGUACGAUAUCCAUGGAUUAGCAAAUUACUUAACCGCGGAUUCCUUGCCUGCGCACUCACAAAAGUAUCUGAAAACGCUUAUGUAACUGCUGCAAGCUGUGUUCAUCGAAUUAAUAAAACGAACCUGAUAGUCCAAUCAGGGAUUUUUGAUCCUAACAAUGUACAAUCACAAUUGGUUGAAGAUCGUGUUAACGAAAUAAUAGAACAUCCCGAAUACAGACCACAAACCCACGAAAACGAUUUAGCAGUACUUAAGACAUAUGGUUCCACCUCUUUUAACCCCGUGUGUAUACCAGAAGGUAAUACAGAGCAAUAUGUUGAUGUACGUGCUACUGUGAUAAGCUUCGGCAAUGGUCAAAACUCCCCAGCAGAAGAAAUUUCGGUUAAGCCUAUCAGUACUACUGACUGUAAGUUGAAUACUAAAUAUGAUCCGCAAGACAUCUUUUUUACGAUGCUGUGUGCUCCUUACAAUGCAGAAGACAAAGAUGCUUGUCAGGGAGUUCCUAACGGCAGCCCUUUACAUUUUCUCGAUGAUGGAAGGGAGACAAUAAUAGGAAUCACUUCGCCUAUAGGCAGCCCCUGUGAAGAUACAGGCUAUCCACAAGUUUUCACACGAAUAACUAAUUAUGUUGAGUUCAUUGAAGCGAACAUAAAUAAUUAAUGUUCUUGUUAAAAUUCGAAAUCACUUCAAAUAAAAUUGA